GGAAGAACAAGUCUAAUUCUUCUCUUCAAUCAUUUCUUUACUCUCCUCGUCUCUUAAAAAUCCACAUUAACUUCUCCCCUAAUUAAAUUUCAAUCUCUCUCUAAACUCUCUUCACAGCAAAUGGCCACCUUCUCCGUUUCUUCCCCGGCGGUUUCUCCGCCACCGAGCCGGAGCAAUCGAUGGGUAGAAUAUGUCGUCGGAGUGGGGGUGGUGGCGUCGUUAGGUGCAUUGCUGUUUUGUGUAUUUCGGGGGAGAAUUAUGCGGAAACUUCGGGAAGGGCGGGGGGGAAGCCGUAAGGGAAGUGUGAAGGAAGAGAAGUUGUUGAAGCUGAGAAGGUUUGAAUUUGAGGAAUUGGAGAAGGCAACUAAGAACUUCAGUAGGGAAUAUUUGUUGGGAGCUGGUUCGUUUGCUAAUGUUUAUAAAGGUGUUCUUGAGAGUGAAGGGGAAAUUGUGGCUAUAAAAAGACCUCAUGCUGAUUCCUAUACAUCUCUUGAUGAAUUUCGAAAUGAAGUGAAGCUGUUGUCAUCAGUAAAGCACAAGAACUUGGUAGCUUUGGUGGGAUAUUGUGAAGAAACUACAGGGAAUGUACGAGAGAGAAUAUUGGUAUAUGAAUAUGUACCAAAUGGUUCGCUACUAGAUUACAUGACUGGUCGUGGAGGAAGAAGCUUGACUUGGAGACAAAGAGUUAAUAUAGCUAUUGGAGCAGCUAAAGGUAUGCAUUUCUUAAAAUACUAA